CAAGUUAGCUUCAUUUCUUCGUUUCUUGUAUUCCGUUCAAGUAAAGAAAAUAAUCUACAAUUAUAGCUUAUAUAUUAUAGUAGCAAGUUUGUACUUCAUCGCAUUAACUUCAGCAAUGGCUUUUUUUGACUCCAGUCAAACAGAUGAGUCGUGGCUCCUAAUGUGUUUUGAAGACUCCAAGUUUGAUAUUAUAAAAAGAAGCAGAGUGUUUUGCGAAAAAGAAGAAGAUAUUUUUCUAGGAGCAACGAUAAGAAUCAAAUGUGGAAAAGUAAAAAUGCGGGGGACUGUCGUCAGUAUCAAUGAUUCCAAAAAAUAUAUUGAAGAAAAUUUAGAGGAAAUGCGUGAAAACCAUUUAAAAAAUAUAUCACGGAAAUCUAGCAAACGUAAAACCUUAUGCACGGAGUUGCAGCUACCAAAUAGCCGUGAUGAUGAGGUGCAACACGAUUUGGCCGCGGAAAUGACGAGUACAGAGAAGGAAUUAUUAAUGUGGAAAAAUCGUCUGGCAAAAGAAGAAGCACGAAACGCUUAUUACCGAGAACAUUUAAACUUUAUUGGAAUCCAGAUUUCGAAAGCUCCAAAUAAAGUUCAAAAACCUCCAGCAGCUCAUAAUUAAACUGAUGUGUUGGUAACAAUGGAAAAUGAUGAAAAGGUACUUAAAUUUGGACCAAAUCAAAUAACACGUAUAAUGCAAUUAGUUGGAAGAACCCAUCCGUUGCAACAAAAAGUUGUUGUUAAAUUUGUUCGUUAAUUUU